CGAAGGGUGUUUUAAGCGUUGAAAGCAUGGGACAAGCUACCAGUACACAGCCAACAACAUCUACGGUCAGUAAUAAGGAGCUGAGUGCUCUGUUCUCCAAGGCAUGUGCCAAACAGUUCCAGCCAAUUGAGCUACUACAGAUUAAGAAGAACAUGGAGGCGUAUGACAAGGACCAGAACCAAUUGAUCACUCAGCAUGAGCUGAACGAUAUGAUUGGGUUCCCGGAGGACCUUCCACACGUGUCGUUUUUGCUGUUUGAGUGUUUGAAGGUGAUUUGUCGGUUCCCGUUGCUGACCAUGGAUACUGAAGGUAUCAACUUCCAUGGGCUGAUAAAGGCGCUGACACUGUUGAAUAGAGAGAGGUAUUCAAAGCUUUUCAAAGACUUUGAGUAUUUGAAGUUUAUAUUUAUCUCGUUGGCGUAUGCCACAAGUGCUCGGAAGAUAACAGCUUCCACGUCGUCGUCUUCAACUGAAUCUCAAACCGUGGUGUUCAAGGCACCUGGUGUUGUUGCAUGGUCUGAAUUGCAAAUUGUAAAACAAUUUGAUAAUCUGGACGUUGAUACGAUGUACAUUGAAGCCAGUGAUGUCCUCGAUAUCAUCACAUUCCUCCUUGUAAUUUCAAGGCUAGAGCCAACGCAGUCAUUGAGGGCAUACCGUGACAGUUUCACCCACUUUGAAGAGUACAAGAAGAAGAGUGCUAUAAGUAUAUUGAGAGCUAUGAAUCAUGAAAUCACUUUGUCCAGGCUGAAGGACUUCAAAAUUUCUUUCAAACAAUUCUCAACAGCGGUGAACUCAGUGGUUCCAAAUCUGUUUGCGCCGUUGAAGUGUCUCCUAGAACAGUUGCUAUUCCAGGAUAGGUCAGAGGAACAGCAACAAAUCCAUACCACUUCAAGACUGGUCAACGAGUAUUCCCUUGCACAGCUUUCUACUUAUUUGAGACGUGAGCUGGUGUACUCGAACAUUCGAAAGUUGUACGUAGGUGCAGACUCUGGCUUCAGUAUGCGCUCAUUUGAAUCAAAGGCUUUCAAAUGGAACGCACCAACGUUAUUGUUGAUUAGAGGUAAGAGAAUAUCCAAACAGAACUUGAACCCUCGUUAUAAGAAAUUUGAAGAAAGCUUCCCUAGCUACAAAGGGCCGACUGCUGAGUAUGUACAUGAAGACGAUGAACUUAUCUAUGGUGUGUAUUUGGAUCAGCCAUGGAGAAUCUCUAACAAGGAAACAUUUGGUAACAACAAGACUAUGAUAUUUCAAAUGGCUCCAAUUCAGAGAAUAUACCAGGCUUCAUUAUCUGCAAAGCAUUUUGCAUACUUCAAUACCUUAGGAGGAGGCAUAGGAUUUGGAUCAGAGGAACCAACGGUAAAGAACAACUUUCUCCGUUAUAACCCAGGAAACGUUUCCCUAACGUUAGAUUCAACUAUGGAAUUUGCUGUCUUUAGACACUUAGGACUAGGUGGUGAAUUUAAGUCUGUGAAUUCAGAGGAGAUUCAAGAAGAGUGGGAAGACCGGUUCCUCAUCCAGGACGUGGAAGUUUGGGGAAUCGGUGGUGAAAAGGAGCUGGAGGAUCAAAACAAGCGUUGGGAGUGGGAGCAACAGGAGGCGAAGAGAAGACAGCAGAUUAAUUUGAAAAGUAUGGGUGAAGAUCGUGCUAUCCUCGAGAUGGCUGGUUUGAUUGGCCAACAUCAAAGCGGUGGUUCAGUUUGAGACAUUGUUCUGUGUUUCUUUCUUUAAAUUAUACGAUUACAUAACGAAUUAUCU